AUGCCCUCCACCGAAGCCUUGUCGCUGGUCCGUCCAGCGACCCCGUCGAAACAAGCAGCGGCCGCAAACGGAGGCGCUCAUCGUCGAACCGUCCCAUCAAAAUUGAGGCAUUCGGAAUCAACAUCCACAACCGUCAAAAAUGUGCGACCGGGCAGCUCGCCAAGGGGAAGAAAAGUAUCUGGGCGCAGGAGGCAACCCAACAGCAACUCGAGGACCGGGUUGCUUCGGCGAACCUGGGUGUUCCCUCUCGCUUUGGUCCUCAGCUUUGUAACGCUCUACGCCAUUAACCCAACCCAAAGCAAUGUAAUCCGGCCUUUCCUCUUUCUCUCUUACCAAUCCGACAGCCGCCCCGACCAGUAUGGAAAAGGCCGCCUAGACUUCGCCUUCGUUGGGUUCUACACUGUCUUCCUCACCUUCACCCGCGAAUUCAUCAUGCAAGAAAUCCUUCGGCCCCUCGCCCGUCUCGGUGGGAUUCAUUCGCGCGCCAAGCAAGCCCGAUUCAUGGAGCAAAUGUACACAGCUUGUUACUUUAUGUUCGCCGGACCGCUCGGCUUAUACACGAUGCACCAGACGCCGGGGCUCUGGUACUUCAACACGCGCGGCAUGCACGAAGGGUACCCCCAUGUGGCGCACAGCGCGGUGUUCAAGUUCUACUACUUGUUCCAGGCGGCGUAUUGGGUCCAGCAGGCGGUGGUGAUGCUGUUGGGGCAGGAGAAGCCGAGGAAGGAUUUCAGGGAGUUGGUGGCACACCAUGUGCUGACCAUCACACUGAUUUUCCUGAGCUAUCGGUACCAUUUCACGUACAUUGGUAUCUUUAUCUACAUCACGCACGACGUCAGCGACUUGCUGCUCGCGAUCUCCAAGUCCCUCAACUAUCUUUCCCACCCCCUCCAAUCCUACACCUUCGCCCUCUGCAUCGCCGGUUGGGUCUACCUCCGACACUAUCUCAAUCUGCGCGUGAUGUACUCGCUGGCGACCGAGUACGCCGCGAUCCAACCGUUCGGCGCGAUCAGCUGGGAACGGGAAGAGUUCAAGUCUCCGAUGUCGCAGUGGGGCACAUUUGGACUUCUCGUGGGGCUGCAGUUCCUGAACGUGUUUUGGCUGGGGUGUUUGGUGCGGGCGGCGUACCGAUUUGUGGUGCUGGGCGUGGCGAAGGAUGAUCGCGAGGAUGGGGAGGAGGAAGUAGAGGGGAAGUAA